UCACAGAUGAAGAGGAAGAGGCCUCAGAAAUCCCCCAGCCAGAUGUAGUCAAUGGGGAGCGGAACCACGUGGGAGGCAGGGCUGAGGGGCGGGGAGAGGGAGGGUGUCGGGCUAGACCCCGCCCCCAGCCCACGUGACCCCGCGAAGCGCUCCACCCCAGGAGGACAGAGGGAGGAAGGCAGGCAGAGCCGGCACUUGGGGACGGCAGUGGUCCGAGCGGUUCCGGAGCAGGAGCUCUUCUCAGAGAGGCAGGGACAGACCGGCAGCGGACACCCUGGCGCCCCCCACAGCCCCUGCCCCCCGAGGGCUGGUUCCGUGGCAGGGGCUCCUGCUGGCAGUCUCACUCUUAACCUGGAACCUGCUCACAACUGCCCAGCUCGCUGUGGAGUCGGUGCCGCCCAAUGCUGUCCAAGGGCAGGAUGUUCUUCUGCUUGCUCGCAAUCCUCCUGAGAGUCUUCUAGGCUAUGCCUGGUACAAAGGGGACCAUGUAAAUUUCAACUCUACAAUUGUAUCAUAUGUAAUAAACACACAAGCAGUUACCCCAGGGAUCGCAUACAGCAGCCGAGAGACAAUAUACCUCAAUGGAUCCCUGUUGUUCCAGAAUGUCACCCAAGAGGACACAGGAUACUACACCCUACAAGCCUUACACGGAAGUCUUCUGAGUACAACAGCAGCUGUCCAGCUUGGUGUCUACCAUAUGUUGCUACCCAUGCAGAAUAUGCUCUUUGGACAGAACAGUUUUAUUUACUAUGCUUGAAAAAUUCCAGGAAGAAAGAUGGGAUGUCCUUUCAACACAAGGAGUCUAGUUCUAAACCUUGGAGGCAGACUGUUCAGAGGAAUUACAGAUUUUUGCAUGAUAGCAUUGUAAGAAUAGAAAAACAAGUUAAUCAAUCAUAAACACCGGAAUAAGGCGGAACCGCCCUGACAAUUGAAGAAUGGUCUUAUCCUGCCUAACCCCAAGAUCUAUAUCCGCCCUGACAAUUGAAGAAUGGUCUUAUCCAGCCUAACCCCAGGAUGUAUGUUUUGCAAGAAUAAUGUAUAGCUGUGGGAAAUUACUAUGAGUUAAGUGCUUUGAAAAUGCUAUAUAAACCCUUAGUUCUAAGUGCUCGGGGUCCUUGUUGAAACCCGUUGUGUCGGGCGGACACUUGGACCCCAGCUAGCUGGAGUAACAAUAAACCUCUUGCUUGUUGCAUCGAUCCGCCGUGGCCUCCGUCUCCUCACUGGGGGGAAAGCGCAGACCGGAAUAAGGCCGUUGGGUCUUACAGCAUCUCGGCUACUUUUGUCCUUGGCAAAAAAUAAAUUUAAAAAAUUUUUAUUGGAUAUUGGGAAAUGUUGAGCAGAGGGCAGGUGGGAAAGCUACACAAUUCUCCAGCUCUUCCUUGGACUGGAUCAUGAGUUUUCUUUGCUUUAUGUGAGGUGAAAUUUCCAGAACAUUAGACCCAUCUAUGUUCAGAUGGAGCAGAUUAAAAGGGCAAAUAAUUUUUUUCCCAAUGAUUGUAUAUUUCUGAAGAAAACUUUGAACAUCCCAGUUAUAUCAGAGAAGCCUUUGUUGUUUAAUGGACUUAACUCAAUGGAUUCUCCAGAAAAUGAAACUGUUGAUAGCAGUUUUCCUCAUGAAGAGGAGCCAGUAGCAGCUAAGGAAAGCCUCUCUCCUCCCAGUCCUCCAGAGGCCACUGUUCAGCCUGUACACCCUGAGGAAGUGUCAGCCAAAGAUUUCCUGCAGGGACUAGACUUGCAGAUUAAGUUGUCAACACAGGCAGCCAAGAAACUAAAAGAAGAAAGCAGAGAUGAAGAAAGUCUCUAUGCAACUUCCCUCUAUCAGAGUUAGAUGACCGGGGGCAUAAUCUAGCCUGGAUUAAGAGAUGGUUGGAGCAUAAAGAAACCAACAACUGGGGAUUCCAAAGCAUCCUUUUUGGAUCCUCACAGUGCACCUCUUUAAGACACAAUUAAGUAGGUCUGCCUCCUGCAGCGGCAGGAAGUAAUUAGUCCCCUUUGGCUCUUAUCAUUUUAAGUCUUUAUGAUGGCAUGAAAGAAUUGUAUCCUAAGACUCAUUACUUUUAUAGGUGGUGGUAUUUUUUAGACUAGCUUUUGUAAAUACUAGUUGAAUAAAGCAUCAAAGACUAUAUAUGUAUUCUAGCUAAAAACAAUGUUUAGCGCCUGAGAAAUCCUAAUUGCGUGGACAACAUGGUUGCUGUUUAAGUAAUGCUGAUUUUGCUAUGUGUUUAUACUUCAGUGCUAUAUAUAUAUAUAUAUAUAUUUCAAUAUGUAUUACGUAUUAUGUAUUUAUCUAAUAUAAAGAACCAAAUUUUGACUGCUAUUUUGUAAAAAAUACAAAAGUCUGAAUGAGAAAAUAAAAUGUUUUCAUAAAUAAAUAAAUAAAAGGCAUCUAUUGGAAAAGAGACCGAAAAUGUUGCUUCCCACAAAUACGAUUUUCUACACAGAAAUUCUAAGGAACUACCACCAAAUUAUUGUAAUCAAAAGUUAAUACUAUUGGUGCAUUUAACAGUUCAUUUGAAAGAGAGCCAUGUCUGCAAAUCACAAAGAAAUGUUAUAAGAAAAGGAUUACAAUUAUCUAUCUCAUCCUGUUAAGAAACAAAUCUAUGCAUAUCCUUUGUAGAGUAUGUACUGUGUAUCAGUUAUCAGGAUAAAUAUUGGAAGUUCAAAGUAAAAGGAUGAUCAUGGCACUCAUUCCUUGUGGAAUUGUGUUUAAAACAGAAUUGGUUAGCAAAUUAACAGUGUUGGAGUUGAGAAAUCAGAAUUUGCUAGAGGGAGAGUAAUCCCAGUUUACUGUUUUUGCUGGCAUAAUUAUAAUAGCACCUCCUUGUACCCUCAGGUAUGUCCAGAUUUGGAAGAUAAAUUAUAUAGUCCUCAUAAUUAUGGGAGCACCCUAUUAGUCAUAUGUAAGUGGGAUUUAUAUGCUAAAUAUAUAACCUUAAUUUAGAGUUUUCAAAAAAGAUAUCAUUUAGGAAGUGGCAUAAUGCCUGGCUGGACCUGAGUUACAAUUCAGAUUUAUUCAAGAGAAAUUAGAAUAGAGAUGUGCAUCGCACAGGCGCAACAAUAUAUCAAUACCCAGACAAAGUGGAGAACAUACAUUGGAUAAUUGUAAAAAAAAAAAAAAAUCUGAAUAACUGAAGCCCAGAGUACAGAGACUAUGCAAGAGAUGAAGAUGGAAGUUUUAACGGGUGAGGUUGGAUCAGUAAGGGAGAGCCGGACGGUUGAUGGCCCAGCAAGCCAGGUUAAGGAGGACCAGGAAGCCAUUAAAGACGCUGCGCGUAUUUGUGAAGGUCGUGAGCAGAAGAGCACAAAUGUGACUGUAUAUUGGACUGACUUCAAAAUCCAUGCUCUUCCUUGUAUGUAUGCCUGGAAUUUGGGGGGAAACUAACAUUUAUGGAGUGUAUAGAGGAAGAGAGGAGAAAGAUCAGAAGGGAAUGAUGUCAUGCAAACUGAGGGCUGAAAAGCUUUAAAAGGUAAAAUGUUCAACAGCAUCAUGUAUGAUUGCUAGUAUAUAUACAUAUAUAUGAUUGCUAUAUCUAUAUGGUUUGGAUAUAGCAUAUGGUAAGUGGACAUGAAAUUACUAUUUGU